UCUCACCACUCAGACUCAUGGAGGCGCUUUAUACUUGCCGUAGAAUGACCUCCCCUUCGUCGAAAAACAAUAUCCUGUUCUGCAUAAACGGGAUUGCAACGUUAUGCGCACAUGUCAACUUAAUUAAUAACGAAAAGGAGUAGUCAUGGACCAAGAGAAGGCCAAGGUGCUAUUUCGCGAGGGAGCCAUUUUGUUGUUCCUUGAUGUACCAGAGGGUACAGAGUUUGGUAUUGACUACAACUGCUGGAAAGUCGGACCUCAGUUUCGUGGUGUGAAGAUGAUACCACCUGGGAUACACUUUGUGUACUACAGUGCCUGUAACAAAGAAGGAGAAGCAAGUCCCAGAACUGGAUUCUUUUACAACUUCAAACAAAGAGAAAUCGUUGUUAGGAGAUGGGACAAGACAUUAGAAGAUAUUGGAAAAGAUGCUGUCAGUCCUGAAGAUCUACAGCGUUACCAUGACAACACACAAGAAAUGGACAAAUACCUUGGACCUUAUCCAUACAACAACUACAAGACCUGGGUGUCACUGUGUGGCUAUAUCACUGACGAGCUUGCAUCCCGACUCUCUCCAGAGACGGGGAAGAUUGUUUCUGUGUCACAAUUCGUUUCCGACAAGAGUACUAGCCAGUCCAGGAAAGAAAACAACGAAAUAAAUGGAAGUUUAAACAAGUCUGGAACUUUCACAUCUGAUGGACCGGUGUCUUUUCAGGAAGCUGAAGAUCGACUUCCUGAAAUGAAGACAACUCCAGGAACAUCUAUGCGAUUCUCCAUAAUUCCAAAGAAUAAAUUUCCACCGGGAAGUUCUCCGGCAGAAAUCACAAAACACAACAUUGAUUUAAGCUAUAUGCUAGAAUGUAUCCUAAGUACAUAUUGCUUAGAGAACUCAAAUAACAUUUUGGGAGAAAUUCAAUUUUCUUUCAUUUGUUUUUUGUUUGGUCAGGUGUAUGAUGCAUUUGACCAAUGGAAAAAGCUGGUUCAUUUGCUGUGCAGUAGUGAAGAUGCAUUGGCUAAACAUACAGACUUAUAUUUAAACCUUAUAACUGUUCUCCAUUUUCAACUGAAAGAAAUUCCAGAAGAUUUCUUUGUUGACAUUGUCUCUCAGGACAAUUUUCUCACCUCUACUUUAAGAGAGUUCUUUACAAAUAUUGAGUCUGGUCAAGUCAAUGAAAUUCUUCAAAAGAAAGGGCUUAAAUUUCGUGAUCACCUUACUCUCAAAUUCAAAUGGGACUUCACGUGUGCUCCAGAGGACGAUGAACCCGUGGUGGUUUCUUUGGUUGACUGAGUUAAAGGAUCACUCCUUGUUACUGUUGUAAAAUUUUAUCAUGAUGUUACUAAUAAUAUUAGUUACACGAAUUUUUGGCAGGGUAUACAGGAUGGUAUGACCCUAAAGGGUUUCGUAUUUCCUGAGGCCGAUAGGUAUAUAACAGAAUAUUUUAAUAAUACAAUAUUUUAAAAAUUUACAAGGUACUCAUUAUUAAUAUUUUAUGUCAUCAAUUUUCAGUAAUAAUAGUUGAAGCCUUCUAAAUAUUUAGUUUAAGGUAAACUAAAUAUCCAGCCAAUAAACACCACUGGUAAUAAAAUAGAUGACAUUUUUGUAAUAAAUUUCAGAUGUA